AUGUCUCUAAAAAUUCAACUGGUGCGCAUCGCGCAUGUCUUUUACACCCACAAAGACAUCGAUAAGGCGCGCAUGUUUCUAGAGGACUUCGGAAUGCACGAAACCAAGCGCGUGGGGGACGAUUUCUAUUACUGCGGUACUGGCUCUGAACCAUUUGUCUACUGUGCAAGAAAGGGGCAAGAAGAUGCCUUUGGUGGAGCCGCAUUCGUUGUUGAAUCUGAGACUGAUCUCGAAGCCGCUCAGGCCUUACCCGUCGAUAAAUUCCCCUUUCACCUUGUUCACAGUCAGACCGCUCUAAAGGAUGUCAAGACACUACCUCUCUUAGAUUUUAAUUUUCCCGAGGAAAAGCAUCGCCUGGGCAAUAAGACUCAGCGUUUUCAGAAAGGCCCUGCACCAGUACACAAGCUUGGGCAUUUCGGGAUGUGCGUGACUGAUUUCACGUUGGCGUACGAUUUUUAUACAACACACUUCAAUUUCAAGGCAAGCAACUUGGUUUACGACGGUAGCGGCAGGGACAUAACUACCUUCCUUCAUCUGGACCGAGGGUUUUGGGUCAUGACUGGCUCCGCCACAAAGGCCAUGAGAAUUGCUGGGGGGGUAGGAAGACAUAUAAUGGGCAGUCAAAUCUUCGAUUAUUGGUUUGACACUUCUCGCUUCAUUCUUGAACACUACGUCGAUGGUGACCUGAUCAAUGAUACCAGCCCUACGGAACGAGAGCUUGCCUCACCUAGCAACUUGCAUGUUUGGGGUCCUGACCUUCCCCCCUAA